CUGCCACUAAAAAAAGGAAGACUUUUGAUUCAAGCAGGCAAAGAGCUGAAGGAACUGAUAUCCCCACAGUCAAACCUCUUAAACCCAGGCCAGAACCACCAAAGAAACCAUCUAAUUGGAGAAGAAAGCAUGAGGAAUUCAUUGCCACCAUAAGAGCAGCAAAAGGCCUUGAUCAGGCACUUAAAGAGGGUGGCAAACUUCCUCCCCCUCCUCCGCCUUCUUAUGACCCUGAUUACAUUCAGUGUCCGUAUUGCCAGAGGAGAUUCAAUGAAAAUGCAGCAGAUAGACAUAUAAACUUUUGUAAAGAACAAGCAGCUCGUAUUAGUAAUAAGGGCAAAUUCUCUACUGAGUCCAAAGGAAAGCAGGCUUCUCGGCCACAGUAUAAGCCAUCUCCGCUUAAAAAAUCCAGUUCUCCUGGAACUACAUCAUCAGGAUCUUCCCGACUACCACAACCAAGUACUACUAGCAAAACUGUUGUAGGUGUGCCUUCGGGUAAAGCAUCUUCAAUUAACAGUUCUUUGGGAAACAAACUUCAGACCUUAUCUCCUUCUCAUAAAGCAAUAGCAGCCCCUCAGGCAGGAGCUAACAUCAAAUCUCGAAAUACUACACCGCCAAGCUUGGCAAGAAAUUCUGUGUCAGGUGUGUUUACCAACAAAAGAAAAACUUUUACUGACAGUUACGCUGCCAGGCCAGAUGGAGACUAUACAUCUUCAAUUAAUGGUGGAAACAUUAAAGGCAUUGAGGGACAUUCAUCUGUUCACUUACCAAAAUUCUGCCAUGAGUGUGGGACAAAAUACCCUGUUGAAUGGGCAAAGUUCUGCUGUGAAUGUGGCAUUCGAAGAAUGAUUCUGUGAACAGAAUCUCAAGAGCUAUGGGGCCAGGCUCAGAAUUUGAAAGUUAUUGCUGCUUUGACACCCAGGGCACUUCUUUUAGCUAUGCAGUGCUAAAGCUAUUUACACACCCUUUCCCUUUGUCUUUGGAACAUAAUCCUUUGGCUGUAUAAUGUGUUUGUGUAUAUAUAUAUGUAUGUAUGUAUAUAUAUUCUGUAUAUAAUAAAUCUGUUUCCUCCAGCCUGUGCCAUUUGAAGAAAUACUUAAGUAUAUGUCAAAAAUAAGUUGGUAUGAGAUCAUUGUCUUAGGUAUUGCUCUUCAGUUGUUUAAACACAUUAGUAUACUUGCACAAGCACUCCCACUCUAGUGAUGAGCCUUAAAGCUUUAGGAUAAUCAGACCUCUGAACAAGAACUGAGAAUAGAUGCUGUUAGUGAUGUCUAUCACCAGUAGCACCAUAGGAGAAUGGGAUGCUGGAGAUUCUGUUAUUGAAGAGAAUCUUGUUUAGUCAUUACCAAUUGAUGCUAGGUCAUUUUUCCAGCUGAACUGUUCUGCAACUGGUACUAAAUUUCUAAACAAUGAUGAAAAGGAAAAUCUGAGGUCCAUGUUGCCAGUAACUUCAUGGAUUACUAAUUACAUAACCUGAUUAAAUUAUUAAACAUGUAAUCCUCAUUCUGUGAACAUGUAAUUAUGCUAUCUCCUUUUCAGAAAUAACUGAACAUAUAAAUGUAUUUUACUCUGCUUAUAACUGAAUGAUUAAUUUACCUCAUCUCAUUUGGACACAUUUUCUCUGCACUUUCAAUUGUGUGUGGAGAUUUUAGUUUUCCUUCUUUUGACAUAACUCCUUUGAAGAGUAGUUUUAGUUUACUACUACAGUCUUUGCAGUAUUAAAUAUGUAAUUAUUUAAGGUACAUAAUUUUUUGUAAAAUCUUACAUGUUUAAAAAUUUUAUUUCUGUGUAUGUAUGUUUAUAGGAAAUUAAUGCAUCUUAAAAGAAAUCAACCUUCCCAAUAAAUAAUAAUUGUGAUACUCAUUAAUUCUGAGCAUGCAAGCCAAGCUAUUUCUUUCUUAAUUCCUCGUGGUUCAUAUAGUUACAAAUACAUUGGAGAAUGUCUAGUUUUUUUCUAUUCACAUUUUCUUUAGUGCUUACUGUUGAAAUACCAUGUAUAUUACAGAGGAAAUGCACUGAAAUGUUUUAAAUUAGUGGUGUACACAAGCACAGCUACAAUGUAGUUCUGUUUCACUUGACUCCAGUUGUUUGGAUCAUCCUCACUUUCACUAGAACAGCACUUACUGGCAGGCUGCUUUUGCAGAGUGCAUUCCACAGUCCUAUAGUAAUGACUGUUCAGUCUGAACUUUACCAUAUAAAGGUACCAGUAAUAUUUUGUGUUGAUGUGUUUCCAACCUUGUGUAUUGUUUCAGAUUAAGAAUGGAUGUAGAAAUUCAUUGCUUAUGAUUUCAUUUCUGAAACUUAUUUACUUCUUGCUUUCUGUUUUAUUUUAAUUUGUGUAGGGAUUUUAAAUGUGUGAUAAUGUCAUCAUUUUAUUCACUUUAUACUUCCUUUAUUAGAUUUUCUCCAUGUUCUAUUUGAUCAUACUGUUCAACAAAUUCAAAACUAGUCAUUCUGAAUAAGCUGUAAUGAAUUUACAAGGCUAAUUUAAGAAUAUAAUUUAGGUUUUCAUUUUAGUAAUUCCUUUUUGUUUAAUUGGUUAUAAAUAUAUAAAGAAUAUUAAUUCAUCAAAUCAUCUUUAUCUAGGAAUGAGCACUAUUUCUUUUAAUUGUAUUUUAACUCAUGUAGUCCUUUAUUCUACUUAAAGAAUGUCUAGAUAAAUCGGUUUUAAAUAAACAGACAUGUUUGUCAUUGAAUUCUACAGUAGCAAGUAUUAAAAGAUUACUACCAAGAGAUGAUGUUUGUUAUUGACUUCUACAGUAGCAAGUGUUAAAUGCAUACUACCAAUAGAUAAACUGAUCAAAAGCAUUCAGUUCCAGAGCCCAGAGAUCACGAUAAAACCAAGUUGGUGAAAUACACGUUUGAAACAUGUUACAAUUUUUAACAGGUUUUUAUGGUCCAUAUUUUACUCUCUUGUUGAUGUGUUGUGCAAUAGUUUUUAUGCAGUCUUCCUAUGCACCAUUCAUUUUUAUUUAUUUGCACAAUUAUUUGUGAGUGUGAUAGAAUGAAAAGUGAUUGUAAGGUUAAAUUAAAAUGGAAUAUUGCUUAUAGAUUAUUCUGAAAGUUACUCUCUUGAAAAAGUUUAAGCAAUUGUGACCACUGUUGUCUCUUAUUCGCUGUUUUUUAAAUUAUAAAGGAUAUAUUCAUUUUGAAUCAAUAAAGAUACAAAACAAAU